AUUUUAUUUUAUAUAUCUAUAUAAUUUAAUAUACAAUAUAUACAUAUAUCUUUUGUAUAAUUCUCUCCUUCCCCUAAAGAGCGAAUAACAAUAGUUACCACUUCCAGUCAUUUUCUAAUUCCAACCCUCGUGCUGUACUUAAUCUAGUCCAAGCCAUGACUACUCAAUGGCCAUUGGACGGGAUUCCAUUGUUUCCGAAUGAACUGCUGAUGCAGAUCAUUUCCUUCACCAGUCUACCCGACAAAAUCACCUUUCUGUUCGUCAACAGAUACACUUAUUGGCAGGUCAGUCAACAGGUCUAUCGAAAGGCCAUCUUCCCCGACUCUGCCACCACAGACGAGAUAGUUUGUUUCUGUCAAAAGCACGGCAAGAGCCUAGAGACCAUAAAGCUCCCUCAAGGCCACGCCCACUCCGACGCAUUUUUCACGCUCCUCCUCGAACUCUGUCCAUCCCUCAACUUCCUUCAGUCAAGCAUCACCCCAAAACAACUCAACCGCCUCUUACUGCCUUCUUCUUCGGCAUGUUUUAUGCUAACCCAUGUCCCCUGCACCGACCUAUCCCUCAAAGUAGACGCAAUCCGUUCAGACCACUAUAGUCUGGUUGCCUUACCCUGCUGCUCAUCCUCCUUUGUAUUCCCCAGUCAAGCCAUGCCACCCGACAAUACCGACGGUGGCAGCAUAACCCAUAUACCCCAUUAUUUCCAUCACCCCGGCGCUCUCCAAAAUGCAAUCUUGCCCACUUUCGGACCAGAUCUCAUAUCAUUCACCCUCAACCCAUAUGAUAUCCUCACUGCCUCGGUUGCUCGCCUGAUUGUUUCAAAAUGUCCCCGUCUCAGAUACCUUGUCGCACCAGCCGUCAAGGCCGAAGGUCUGUGGAUGCUCCUCAGAUGGUGUCAUUCACUAGUCACAAUUGUGGUUGGCGAUCAUAGUCAAGAACAAUUAGAAGAAGAAGAUGAUGAUGAAGAAGAAGAGGCAGAGGCAGAGGCAGAUGCAGAGGCUGAGGAUGAACGAGAAGAAGAAAAUGUAGAAGGAGUAGAGGAAGGUGAACGUACCAGUAGACGUAGAGACAGAGAUAGAGUUGGAGGUAGAACCCAUUUGGGAAUGAGAGAAGGAAUGAUACAUAAUGGUAUCCGCCAUCGAAACGACAAUCUACCCUCUAUUCGUUUUCGGCACUGUGUUGUUGAUGAAGAAAAUGCACGGGCUGUUGCAACCAUUGAGCAUCACAGGCGAGUCUGGUGUGUUCAUCGGCAGGACGGGCGUCCUAUGCAAGACCAAACAUUAUGGCAUAUUGGUAUUAUUCCCAAAGCAUAAGCAUAAACAUAUAAGCCUUUAUAUAUACAUAUACAUAUACAUAUACAUAUAUAUAUAUAAAAUAAUAGGAAUUAUAUUAAGAAUAAUAAUUAUAAUAAUUAUAUAUUAAUAAUAAUAAUAAUAAUAAUAAUAAUAUGUAUGUAUGUAUUUAUUUUUAUAUGUAUACCUACCAUUACAUUAAAUGCAUACAUACAUAUCU